AAAAACAACAUUGCUUCCUUUUUUUUUUCUUUCUUUCUUUUGGUCGUGUGCUCCUCUCUCUUUUCCGUUUUUUUCCCUUCCUUUCAAUCAUCUUUUUCGCCGUCUGGGUAAAUCUCCACUCGAUAACUACUUACCUAUCCUUCCGACCCAAAAAAAGCAUUGAAGAUACCUACCUACCUUACCUCCCAAACUCAUGACCCAGACCCAGCCACAACCACAGCCAUCAUCCCCUUAACACCGCAAUCCAAUCCCUUUCCCUUGAACCCAGUUAAACCAGUUGAAACCAAUCUCCAUCGCAUCCCCUUCAAUCCCCACAAUAGGGCAUCCAUCAUCCAUCAUCCAGCAUGGACGGACCAUCCUCCACCCACCACCGCCCCAAGCGCCGUCGCCUGGACACGCCGGAUAAACAUGCCCAACAACACCAGCACCAGCACAACCACCUCUCGCACAAGAAAAACACCACCACGCCACUCAGCGCCAGCACAAAGCACAACGGCUACGCCCACGCCCACCCCCACAAACUCCAAUCCCCGGUUCCACCACCACCACCAGCCGCAAGGCGAACCUCCAAAAAUGACGACGACGACGACGACGACAACGACAACGAUGAAGACGUCUCCGAUUCCUCGGACGAACUAGCCGCGGGCUCCGAGCACGACGAGGCCGAGGAACGCCGCCGCCGCGCCAGCUGGAGUCUCCAGAAACAGAAAAAUGUGUAUACGCCGCAGAGGCCGUAUCGUCCGCCGCUGAGGCGGAGUUCGAGUGGCUCCGAGAGUCCGGAUGAGUUGACGAUUGAUGCGGAGGAGUAUUGGCGGUCGACGAAGAAGCUGUCUCGCGACAGCAUCAAUCACGACAACAACGAUGACGUGAAUGCGCGUGAGGAUGACGAACCCCCCCACGACAACUACCCCGGAGACAAUGAAGACGAGGAGAUGGUCAACGCCGAUGAUGGCCUUGAUGUCGACGAACCGGAACCCACCACGAAUGGCGACCUUGUGGAAGAAACCCCAGAAUCGUACCCCGACCGGUCGCCUACGCCCGUCUCCCAACCGCCGCCACCGCCACCGAAACCGGAUAAGGUGGAAUAUCGCGCGAAGUUCCUACUUCGCGGUCAUCUGCGGGGAGUGUCCGCCGUGCGGUUCUCGCCAGAUGCGUCGAUGAUCGCAAGUGGAGGGGCGGACGGGGCUGUCAAAGUGUGGGACACCGUGACCGGGAAAUUGAUCCAUUCGUUCGAGGGCCAUUUGGCGGGUAUCUCUACGAUCUCGUGGAGCCCGGAUGGGGCGACCAUCGCAUCUGGAUCGGACGACAAGACGAUCCGACUGUGGAACGUCCUGACGGGCAAGGCGCAUUCGAUCCCGUUCGUCGGUCACCACAACUACGUCUACCAGAUCGCAUUCUCCCCGAAAGGCAAUAUGCUCGUCAGCGGAUCCUACGAUGAGGCGGUCUUCCUGUGGGACGUGCGGUCGGCGCAGGUGAUGCGGUCGCUGCCGGCGCAUUCGGACCCGGUGGGGGGCAUCGACGUGGUCUGGGACGGGACGCUGAUCGCCUCGUGCGCGACGGACGGGCUGAUCCGCAUCUGGGAUACGGCGUCGGGCCAGUGUCUGCGCACGCUGGUGCACGAGGACAACCCGCCCGUCACGGCGGUCAAGUUCUCCCCGAACGGGAAGUACGUGUUGGCGUGGACGCUGGACGACUGCGUGCGACUGUGGGACUACGUGGCCGGCCGGUGCAUCAAGACCUACCAGGGUCACAGCAACCGGAAGUACAGCCUGCAGGGCGGGUUUGGCACGUACGGCGGAGAGUCGGGGAACGGCAGCGGCAGCGGGAUGCCGGUGUAUGCCUUUGCGGUCAGCGGCAGCGAGGACGGUGCCGUCUUGUGCUGGGACGUGGUGAGCAAGCAGGUCCUGCAGCGCAUCGAGGGCCACACAGGCGUGGUGUUGGGGGUGGAUACGUGCUCGCUCGGAGGGGCGCGGCUGAUGGUCAGUUGCGGGCUGGAUGGGACCGUUCGCGUCUGGGAGGAGGCGAGCACCGCCGGCGAUGGGCAUGGCCCGACGACCAACGGCGCGCAGACGAAUGGCACCGUGCUGAACGGCUACGGGGGUUCGAUCUCUGACCCCAACACGCCGGCCGAACUGGCGGGCACUGAGGACGCAACUCCGAUGGCAACGACCGCGACGGAGGCUGGGUUUGCCCAGACCAACGGACACCAUAGCAUGCCCGAGCCCGAAGAUACCGAUAUGGGUGGGGCCUGAAUGAUAAAAGCAAUUGCAUCAACAGCAGCAGCUUCUUUACUGUACAGCGGUGUAAACCAAGGGAUGGACGGGAUGGCGUUUCAAGGUUGAGGGUGGGUGGGUUGUAUACUAGUCAUGAGGGACGAACCACAAUUACUCAACAUCUACCGUGAGCAACUAGGGGAGACAAGAGUCCUACCAGCGGAGGAUGGAGGAUUGUCUGUUUGUAUGUACUACUAUUUGUAAUGCUGGAAGGAUAUCUGGCCCGUCAUCUUUGACAGAUUUUGACAGAGGAAAGGGAUGGAAGCAAGACCAGCCCUAAAUAGCUAGCUAGCUAAUUCUCGACGAUGCGAAGACAGCAAGCACUUCUUGAUCCCUUGAGCACCGGUAAGAACGCUGUACGCAUGAG